UAGAGGUGGGGUUACAUUUCAAUGUGAGAUGCUGACGUAUGAAGCUCUGAAAAACUUCGGAGCCAUGAGUUGGAGUUCGCGGACAUGGAGUCAGUGAAGAAAUGGCACCUUCGCCCCUUAUCCUUAUGCAAUCUCCUUUUCGUUGUUGUUUAUUGGCAAUCUACUUUAGCUGGUGACUGUCCUGCAGAUGGGCGCACCUGGGUGCCUUUUGGACAAAGAUGCUACCACUUUGUCCAUGGAGAAGAAGACAUGGCUAAAAGUUAUACGAUUGCAGCUGCGAAGUCUCUCUGCUCAGGACAUGAAUUGGUGAGUGUCCAAAGUGCAGAGGAGAAUGAUUUCAUCAUCAAGUACAGUCCGCAGGUGUGGAAAGGCAACAUCCAUGUGUGGUUGGGCAUGUAUUAUGACAGUGACGAUGAGGACUUUAAGUGGCAAGAUGAGACUGGCCUGAGCUUUAAGAACUGGGGGAACAGCUCCAGCUCGCCUGACUUGAUUCCCAUGGACACCUGUGGGGCAAUGCACAGCACCACAGGGGAGUGGGAGAAAGUCAGCUGUGUUGAAAACCUAGAGAAUGGAGUGGUCUGUGAGACUGCUGAAAAAGCAGAGAAAAACGGCAAACCCGCUACUAGUCCACUGCUCUCAGCUCUGGUCAUUCUGAGUGUGGUCGCCAUCAUGGGGAUCUCGGCAGUCUUUUGGUUCCUGCACCAGAAGCACCAAUUCGGUGCCGUCCUCGCAUCGUUCGAGUACCACCCCCCGUUCAGGGCUCCCACCUCUGACGAGGCCUGCCUAGUGGAGACCGAGGAGACAGAGGAGACAGAUGAGGCUGAUGACAUGGCUUAAUGGAGAUCCUGCUCUUAGAUUCUGCUGUGUGGAGUCACUGUUGGAGGAGAGGCCUAGAGAGAGAAAAAGGUGACCCUCUUAAUUAAGACUGGUUCCAUUGUUCCGAAGAGAUGCUUUGACAGGUAAAAUUACAUCCUGCUAUGGAAUGACAUGCGUAGCAACACUUACCACCAACUAGUGCCACGGUAUGUCCCGUCCUUUGCACUUUUGCCUGUCUGAAUGGGCUCCCGUGUGGGUAUUGGGUCAGUCUGCUCUUUUUCUUCUUCUUUGUUGUGCUAGCCAAACAGGAUACGAACGAAAAUAUGUUGUCAAAUGACAUUUAGCCUACGCACCGAAUGCGUUGCAUGCCGUUAAUUCGAUACUCUUUUGAAUUGUGAGAAUCACGUGUUUCAAUCGUCAAAGAAGUUGGGUCUCCCGACGUCUUCUGUCUGCAUACAGUUGGCCAUCUUUGUAGCGCAUGGCGAGUCUGACAUAUGUUAUCAUUCACACAUCUUUAUGUUGUAUUGCCCUUGUAAGUGCUCCUACUUUUCAAUGUGUCUCUUACCCUAGUGUCAGAACUUUGAAUUUCUUAGUUCUCAAUAUGAGAUCAAUACAAGUCAUUGAAAGUACAGAGGGACUAAUCCAUCAUUCAUACCUCAAGCAAACAGAUCAAGGCUUGUAAAAUAGGUCAAAGAGACACAUUUUAACCAGUGUGCAUUUUUUUUCUCAGCAAGGGAUCUGUAAUCCUGUGUCCCAUUGUCGUUUGUGUGCUGUGAAAGGCUUCUACAGAUGAUUACGUUUAUAAUAGAUAUGAUUUGUUGUGCAUUAGUCUGUAAUGACAUGUAUGAACUUCUAUUCGUGGGAGAAAACAACAUUUUUUGAGUGAGGAUCGUUUUGUCUUUCUCUAACAAUGUCCUUGGUGGGACUACCUGAAAAAACACUCAUAAUUCAUUUUUUUUUACAAAGCUAUUAAUCCAAAUUCUAAUUCAUGAAUAUGGUCAGUGGUUUUACUAAUGCAUUAGUGAUAUGUUACAGUUUGAGGAGUGGUCCUUUUAAAUGGUGUUUUGUCAGCACUACAUCCCUGAAGUUCUAUGAAUGUAUUUGAAAGCGUUUUGCUGAUUACCUUGCUAUAUUUGUUUCAUUUGGCUUAAACUAAGCCCUGUUUGUUACACACAAUAAAGUUUGGGCAUCACCUGUGAGCUGG